GGGGCUUUAGUUUGCUUGUGUUUCGUUCCCACAGCUAGUCACAUCGGAUUCCUCUGGGAAAGAGCGCAAAUCGGUCCCGUUUGAACACGGGGAACAGCGCGCGCGGGAUCCGUCCGCCGCCACGAGGGUCUCCACCUCUCCCUUUGCCUGAUUUCAAUAUCGCUCAUUGAUUUUGAUUUGAUCAGAGCAUAAACAAAACAGAAAAGAGGGGAAAGGCAAAUAAAGAGGAAAAGAGGAAGGUUGUGGAUAAUGACAUCUGAUCUAUAGCGCGCCGCCAGAGCCGCCGCUGAUGAUCAUCCAGUUUUUCUUAAAGUGACAUUAGAUUUUUUUUUAUCUCUUCUUUUUUCGCUCACGAGCCAUCAGUGAAGAUCUGAAGAUCUCACCGGGUAUCUUAUCUCUCACGCGUCUCCCAAACCUUGUGCUUGACAGCGCGAGAUUGCUUCCACGCGCUACUUGUUUCUUUUUUUGUUUUGUUUUUAUUUUCCUUUUCAUUACAUUUGAGUAAUUUUUUGUACAUUUUUGAGUGGACUAGAGAAAACCAAGGAACACUCCGAGACUCCAUCUGACCUGUCCAGACUUCAGCCUCGAUUUUUACGGAGAGAUAAUUUUUUUGUGGAGCGAUCAGAUUUUUGCCAGAUAGGACAGAAAGAGAAAAAGAGAGACGGGGACUUGGGGAAUAAAUCUGGAUAAAGAAAAACAAUAAAAAGGAAAAGAAGAAGAAGAAAAAUAAGUGACUUGGGAGAAUAGACAAAAGUCCGCGUGCUCAUGUUCGGGAUCCAGGAGAGCAUUCAGAGGAGCGGGAGUAGCAUGAAGGAGGAGCCGAUGGGCGGCGGCAUGAACGCGGUCAGGACGUGGAUGCAGGGCGCCGGAGUGCUGGACGCGGCCACCGCCGCGCAGAGUGGAGUGGGUCUGGCCCGGGCUCACUUUGAGAAGCAGCCGCCGUCCAACCUGCGCAAAUCCAACUUCUUCCACUUCGUGCUGGCUCUGUACGACAGGCAGGGGCAGCCCGUGGAGAUCGAGAGGACGUCGUUCGUGGGAUUUGUGGAGAAAGAAAAGGAACCCACCGGAGAAAAGACAAACAAUGGGAUUCAUUACAAACUACAGCUCCUCUACAGCAACGGUAUCAGAACAGAACAAGAUUUUUAUGUACGCUUGAUCGACUCCAUGACCAAACAGGCUAUCAUUUACGAAGGUCAGGACAAGAAUCCGGAGAUGUGCCGAGUUCUGCUAACACACGAGAUCAUGUGCAGCCGCUGCUGUGACAAGAAGAGUUGUGGCAACCGUAACGAAACACCUUCCGACCCCGUCAUCAUAGACAGGUUCUUCCUCAAGUUCUUCCUGAAGUGCAACCAGAACUGUCUGAAGAAUGCAGGGAACCCGCGGGACAUGCGGCGCUUCCAGGUGGUGGUUUCUACGACGGUCAGCGUGGACGGUCAUGUCUUGGCCGUGUCCGACAACAUGUUCGUGCACAACAACUCCAAACACGGGCGCCGGGCUCGCCGACUGGACCCCUCAGAGGGAACCCCGUCAUACCUGGAGCACGCCACUCCAUGCAUUAAGGCCAUCAGUCCAAGUGAAGGUUGGACCACAGGUGGCGCCACAGUGAUCAUCAUUGGGGACAACUUCUUCGACGGACUGCAGGUCAUCUUCGGCACCAUGCUGGUCUGGAGCGAGCUGAUCACCCCUCACGCCAUCCGGGUACAGACUCCACCCAGACACAUACCGGGGGUGGUGGAGGUCACUCUGUCCUACAAAUCCAAACAGUUCUGCAAGGGAACACCGGGCAGGUUCAUCUACACAGCGCUGAACGAGCCCACCAUCGACUACGGCUUCCAGAGGUUACAGAAGGUCAUCCCCAGACACCCUGGUGAUCCUGAGCGCUUACCGAAGGAAGUGAUUCUGAAGAGAGCAGCAGAUCUAGUAGAAGCCCUGUAUGGGAUGCCACACAAUAAUCAGGAGAUCAUUCUGAAGCGGGCGGCGGAUAUCGCUGAGGCGCUCUACAACGUUCCUCGAACACACAACCAGCUGCCCGGCCUCUCCAACAGCUCUGUUCACGCCGGCAUGAUGGGCGUCAACUCUUUCCACGGCCAGCUCGCCGUCAACGUCUCCGAGUCCACACAGGCAGCCAAUCAGGGUUUCAGUCGGAACACAAGCAGCGUAUCUCCUCACGGUUACGUGCCGAGCUCCACCCCCCAGCAGAGCAGCUACAGCACGGUCAGCACGAGUAUGAACGGCUACGGCAACAGCGGCAUGACCACGCUGGGAGGCUCGCCCAACUUCCUCAACGGCUCGGCCGCCAACUCCCCCUACGCCAUCGUCCCUUCCAGUCCCACCAUGGCCUCCUCCACCAGCCUGCCCUCCAACUGCAGCAGCUCCUCGGGCAUCUUCUCCUUCUCUCCCGCCAACAUGGUGUCGGCCGUCAAGCAGAAGAGCGCCUUUGCCCCGGUGGUCCGGCCCCAAGCCUCGCCCCCACCCACCUGCACCAGCGCCAACGGCAACGGCCUGCAAGUAGAUCAGUCUUUUGUGGACUCUAGCAAGUAUUCCACAACCAGCUCCCUGCAGGGACUGGCCUUCUCCUGAACGAUCCCGGGGAUGAUCGUUCCUCCUAUGUAGAGGCUCCAGGCUGCUGAAGAGACACAUUUGAUCUGGGCUGAAGCUCGAACCCACCGGUCUGAACUGCAGACGACUGCGAGUGGGAAGCAGAGAAACAGACAUAAACUCAGACUUUAAACUCAGGCCUUUUUCAUCACAGAUCUCACCAGAACGGGAACGGCGAGUGUGCUGCAGCUGCUGCGGCAACGGCUGGACUUUUUCUAGAUUUUUCUUUUUCAGGCUCCUCUGCUGAAGGACACGCCCCCACGAACACUACCUGCGCGGAGAGAGAGCGACGGCCCGCUUUCGUUUGCCGGUUUUGGGCUUUUUUUGAUGAAAUGGACGUUGUUUGUUUGCCUUUUAUAUUGGAACUGUACCAUAAACACACUAUAGGACACUACCAGAGCGGGAGCUGUGAGGCUGAUGGAGCUGGACGUUGCUUUGCGUGAGGAAAACGGCAGAAAUCUUUUUUAACGAGUCAGAAUAAGAGGUCAAAAGGUCAACACUCAUCCAAGUGAAAAUAAGGAACAUUCUAAUUUUCAACAUUUUCAAAAUUUAAAAAUGUAACAUUUUCAAAAAUUCAUAUUUUCAAAAUUGCUGUAUUCUGAAAUUUUCAAAAAUUCAAAAAUUCAAAAUUUCAAAUUUCAAAUUUUCAAAAAUAUUUGCUUUGUUUUUUAUUAUUAUUAUUAUUAUUAUUAUUAUUAUUAUUAUUAUUAUUAUUAUUAUUAUUAUUAAUAUUAUGUACUGCCAUGUCAUCCUUCAGUGAUGUUAAAUGUUUCAAUAUUUCAGGUACAUGCUGGUUCAUUCAUUUUUACAUAUGUUUAAAAAAAAACGCCAAAAUAUGCCAAACGUCAGAAUACACCAGAAAAAAUGCCAGAAUACACCAGAAAAUGCCAAAAAAUGCCAGAAUACACCAGAAAACGUCAGAAUAAACCAGAAAAAAUGCCAGAAUUCACCAGAAAACGACAGAAUACACCAGAAAAUGACAGAAUACACCAGACAAUGCCAAAAAAGCCAGAAUACACCAGACAAAAGCCAGAAUUCACCAGAAAACAUCAGAAUAAACCAGAAAAAAAUGGCAGAAUACACCAGAAAAAAGUCAGAAUACACCAGAAAACGACAGAAUACACCAGAAAAAUAGAAGAAUACACCAGAAAAUUGCCAGAAUACACCAGAAAAAUAGCAGAAUACACCAGAAAAAAGUCAGAAUACACCAGAAAACGACAGAAUACACCAGAAACCGCAAACAAAUCAAAAUACACCAGAAUAUGACAGAAAACGCCAGAAUACACCAAAAAACACCAGAAUACAUCGCAAUACACCAGAAUAUGUCAGGGAAUAUGUCUGAGUUUUGUUGCCAUUUUAUUUUUACAUUUUUUUUUCAUUUUAGAAGCAAAGCUAGUGUGUUUUUUUAUAUUUUUGUUAUAAUUAUUUCACAUGCGUUUGAUGGAUGGUCGUAUGAGGCUGCAUCACUAAAGCCAUAAGAAAAAUUUAUUCUAAUUGAGUUAUUGUUCAUAUUUUAUCGUAUAUUUAAAAUAAGAAAAAGGAAAAACAACUGGAGACUGUGAGUUUGACCUUUUGCUCGUUCGCUCUCUGCUCGUCUACGAAGGAUCAAACGAAGUGAUGAAGAAGAACAGAGAUGAGAAGAAGAUGAGAAGAUGAGUGUACGCUCAGUUCGGCUGCUAGAUCCUCCCACUUUCUUUCUUUUUUCUUUUUGAAUUCUUGUUUUUUUUAUAUAGUGAUCGUGAAGGAAAUGACUUGAAUAAUCGGAGGAUGUUGAUAAUUCGCCAGCACUGUAAUCGCCUGCUCUUGGAAACGUGUCAAACACCCAACGAACAGCCAAUCAGCCGUUUGAUUGGCUCCCUUUAGUACUCAUAUAUUUUGUACAUAUGCAUUUUUUUUUGGUUUGUUUGUUUGUUUGGUAGAUUUUGGGCAAAAUUGUUAAAUAUAUUUAUAUUAAAAUGUCUUAAGGCAGCUUGUCAGUUUAGUAUCAAUCACAGUAACGAUCUGUACUGCAAAAUAUUUGAAAUAUCGCCAAUUUAAAAGAAAAAAGUAAAAAAAACGAGAAACAAAAAGAAUAUCAGCUACAGCAUCAGUUUUUUUUGUGUGUUUGUUUUUUUUUUGGAUUCUGGACGUUAAAAACUGAGCAGGUUCUGUAAAAUAUCCAUAUACAUAAUGUAUUUAUCUCUCGAGUUUUAUGUACAUUGUUUUUUUUUUUUUUCGUUUUGGAUAUUUUUUCCUCGUUUUUUUUUUUAUUAUUAUUAUUGUGUACAUUGUUCUAUGUAAAUGUUCUACAUGCCGUUCUGUCUGUCUGUCCGCCAGCCACCGAUUUCUUCAUUCAUUGUUAAAAUUGUUUAAUUGUUGAAUUUCGUAAAUUGUUCAUUUGUUUUUGUUUUUCAUGUUUGUAUGAUUUUUGUCAUGCUUCCAUUUUUUGAGUUCCGUUCAUGAAAAAAAGCCAUUGUCUAUUUUUGUAUAAUUUGUAAGUUAAAUUUUUUUUUUCUUUUCUUUUUUUUUUUUUGAAUUUUUUAAUGUAUGGCAAAAAGUAGCAUCUUAUUCUGAUAGUAUUUAGUUAUGUAGAUUUUUAAAAAAAUAUAUAUGAUGAAUAUAUAAAUCUAUAUCUUUUUUUUUCUUUCGUUUUUCUCUUUGAGGCUUACAGAAAUUGAUACUGUUGUUAAACUAAUAAUAUGCAUGGGCUCUUCUCUUCUGAGAGUGUGUUUGAAACUAGAGGGGGGAUUUUUUUGGAUGAAAUAUGAAAAUACUUUCUUUCUCUUUCGUGUUUUUUCUCUUUUUUUUGUGUUUUUUUUUUUGUUCGUUUUUUCCUCCUCCUUUCUUUGCUUUUCUGGAUUUGUUGAUUAUUUAUGCCUGCUUGUAUAUCUGUAUAUUCUGUCUAUUCUAUUCUUUUUUCCUUUCAUUCGUACCAGUACCAGCAGUUUAGAUGCCUUAACAAUGCAAACCCAGUUUAUCGCAUACAAUCAAAUGUACAGUUACCAUUAUCACCACCGUUAUAGCACCGUUACACAGUACCAGGGGCGCUUUUACGUCAGAUUUUAGGGGUAAAAACGAGAAAAAAAGCACAAAUUGUUCUGUUUUACCCACUUCCCCCUUUUUUUAACCUAAAUACUGUUUAAAUAAACCCAGCUCAGCCACGCAGGGAAGGUUAAGGGAAUAUUAUUAUUAAUUUUUGUAUGUGUUUUAUGGAGGAUUAUGAAGGAUAAUGAGGCGGUUUUGUGUUUGGAGGUGUGUGUGUGUGUAUGGAGAGAGAGUGUAAGAUUCAUAUUUAAUGUUUUUGCAUUGCAGCAGCUGUGUGUGUGUGUGUGUGUGUGUGUGUGUGUGUGUUGCUGUGGGGGAUGUGGGAGCACUUUAUUAUUAAUUUAAAAGAAAAGGCUGGCGUUUUAAUUUGGUGUUUGUGCUGUAGUGUGUGUAAAUGUGUGUAAGUGUGUGUUAGUGUGUGUGUAGGUGUGUGUAAGUGUGUGUAUAAGUGUGAGUUAGUGUGUGUUUGAUUCACGGUUCAGUGAGGGCAGUGAAAAUCCUAAAAAGCCAUAUCGUAUCGAACACGUUCACCAACAGCUCAGAGAGCGGCGUGCCGGUGCUCCGACACUGCAGACGGUAGCACACUUUUACACUUUUUCACCAGUGUGUGUGUGUGUAUGUGUGUGUAUGCAUAUGUGUGUGUGAGUGUGUGUGUACGCGUUAGUACUGCUGAAUCAAACUGAAAGAUUAGCAUCCUGGCACUAGCGAAACGCAAAGUUUCCAGUCACAUUCAGAGAUCAAAGACACAUAUGAUUACAUUGUUACUGUAUUAUGGCCAGCCCCGCCCCCAGACCUAGCCCUGCCCCAAGCCCCGCCCACAAACACACCGCCCACAAAGCCCACUGUCAUGUAAACCAAAAGUAGCCCACAUGUACCAAAACAUGUCUGGUCCACUUUUGGCACAUCUGUACGUGAGACAAAACUAGCCCACAUGUUGAAAAUGCACAUUUAGCCCACAUGUACCAAAACUUAUCUGGUCCAUAUUUGGCACAGAUAUGGCAGUGCUGCCUAUGGAAAAUCUGCAUGUAAGACAAAAGUGGCCUACAAAUAGAUAACAGACAUUUGGCCCACAUGUUGUAAAACUUAUAUGGCCCACUUUUGGCACAGAUAUUGUAGUUCUGCCUAUGGAAAAUCUGCAUAUGAGACAAAAGUAGACAACAUGUUGAAAACAGACAUUUGGCCCACAUGUUCCAAAAUGCAUCUGAGACAAAUGCAUGUGAGACAAAAGUAGCCCACAUGUACCAAACAAAUCUGGCCCACUUUUGGCACAGAUAUGGCAGUGCUGCCUAUGGAAAAUCUGCAUGUGAGACCAAUGUAGCCUACAUAUUGAAAACAGACAUUUGGCCCUUAUGUUCCAAAACUUAUCUGGCCCACUUUUGGCACAGAUAUGGCAGUGCUCCCUAUGGAAAAUCACACGUUGAAAAUCGGGUCCACUUUUGUCAUAUAUACAUGUGAGACAAAAGUAGGCCACCUGUUAAAAAUGCGCAUUUAGCACUCAUGUUCCAAAACUUAUCUGGUCCACAUUUGGCACAGAUGUGACCCACAUGUACCGAAACAUAUCUGUUCUGCUUUUGGAAAAGAUGUGGCACUGGUGCCUAUGGAACAUCUGCAUGAGAAAAAAUUGAAAUGUUGAAAACAUUUGGCCCACAUGUUCUAAAACACAUCUAGUCCGCAUUUGGCACAUCUGCAUGUGAGACAAAAGUAGCCAACAUGUUGAAAAUGCACAUUUAGCCUACAUGUACCAAAACGUAUCGGGCCCAUUUUUGGCACAGAUAUGGCAGUUCUGGCUACAGAAAAUCUGCAUGUAAGAGAAAAGUGGCCUACAUAUAGAUAACAGACAUUUGGCCCACAUGUUGUUGAACAUAUCUGGUCCACUUUUGGCACAAAUAUGGCAGUGCUCCCUAUAGAAAAUCUGCAUGUGAGCCAAAAAUAGCCCACAUAUUGAAAACAGACAUUUGGCCCACAUGUUCUAAACCCGCAGUGAUCGGGCUUCAGAGUGCCGGCUCUUUGUGAAACAGUCUAGAGUGGCGUUUUUGUGAACCGCCAGAUUCAGACUGUGGCUUUCCAUUGGCUGUUGGGUUUGUUUGAGUGUGUGUGUGUGUGUGUGUAGACAGAACUGAAGCCACUGAUGACAGAGCCGAAUUGGGGCUGGUCUCUCCUGCUCUUGCGCGUUUAGAGAGCUCAUCGUUUAGUUUAAUUUUUUUCGUUAUCUUUGAUAUGAAUGGAGAUCAGCUGCUCUACACUGACACUUUGUACGUCGUUCCAUCUUAAUGAUGAGUUUAGAUGGGCAGCUGAUGAAGCUACAAGCUUUUCUGUAGGAAAAACCGAGACUAAAACCAAAAAAAGCUGGUCCUCUCCCUCUCCUGUUAUCCUCUCAUCUCUCUCUCUCUCUCUCUCUCUCUCUUUUUGUCUUUGACUGGAUACACACUGAGCAGUUCUAUUGAUGGGGAAAAACCAACAAAAACUACUGUAUAGAUUGUUAUCAUUUUUUUGAUGAAAGCUGUAAAAUAACUUUUCGAAAUUCACAAUAUUAAAUUAAAGUUACUUCUUGUCUGUGAUCUCA